UAAGUCACACAGCAGCAACUAUUUCACUGAUUCUGGUGAAACUACUUUGGCGUGUACCUGAUCCACCAAGGAGCUCAGUUCAUUUCAGUGAGAAAUGUUCCUGUCUAACAUUAAAAUAACGCUUGUAGAGAGUUGUUGAAUCUAAACAAAGUUUGUACAGUUUAUCUUUGUCAGACUGUGGACACAUGACGUCUGACUUUGACUAUGGGACUGACUUUUAGUGGUUGGUGACUGCUGUUGGACUAGUCGGACUGCCUUUUCUGUCAUCCGUUUCUCGUUACAUCGUUAAACACAGUUUAAACUUCAGUAACCAGAAAAACUGGAUCUAAAGCCCAAAACAGCUGUUGAUCUUUGGUUUGUUGGACAGGCAUGAAACACGUUCAUAGGAAGAGACUUGAGCGUGAUUUUAAAGGCUGCCUUUUGGACAUGACACAUCACAGUUUCCCUGCAGAUGAAUGUGUUGUAUCAAAGCUGUGCCUCUUCUAGGUCCAAAGGUUGUGAGUUUGAACCCUGCUACGGUUGACCGUCCUAAUACAUUUGCUCAAAUGACUGCAUGUUGUAUCUCCUGAACGCUCUGUGCUACAUUUGUAGCUAAAUUUGAGUGAUUGUGACAAACCUGAGCUCAUUUGGUUCCUACAAAAUGUGACAGGAUACAUGACAAAGCAUGUCCUCAACCUCAGGAUACAAAAGCUUUAACCUCUUCUUCUCAACUGUAACUGUAACUUUGCAUUGGAGACUUGAGCUGAUGGCACAAACUUGGUGUCUAAAUGGACCAAUGAAAUGAAACUGGUUUGCAAGGAAAUCAAAACCAGGUCGGUUUAGUCUCACCAAAGCAAACCCAACAGGUCCAUCAUGUAGAAAGUGACACCGCAUUUGCCUUAGGAAAGAUUUGAGCUCCAUCUGUUCACAGCAGAUCAUCUACAAAUGUGUGGACGAGCUUCUAAAAUAUCUGGAAGAAAAAUUCAUAAUUCAUGUGAAAGCUGACCCAAACAUAACAUCUAAGGAUUUAAAGAGCUCUCUUGCUGAUUCUGGGAUCAUGUGUGUAAGAAGGAAACUCAAUCAACAUGGCUUUAACACUGCACACCACCAGAAGAACCUUCUCCCAACAGUUGGACAUGGUGGUGGGAACAUUAAGAUCCAGACAACUCUACAUUAUCCAAAAGAUCAUGAGUUUUGAGGAAUAUCGUGAAGUUAAAGCAUCAAGGAACAACUGAGGAAGAAGAAAAUUCGUGUUCUGGAUCGGCGAAGUUAAAGAGCCUUCUUGACCAGGCUUGAUGUGUUCAGGAUCCAAGAAAGGUCCUUGGAGAUGUAGACAAGUGGAGAAGUUGGAGACCGGUCAACCACUGCUCUGUUGAUACAGUUGGGGGUCGUUGAUGGUUUUCCUGAAGUCUGCAAUGAUCUCUUUGGUCCUCUUGGUGUUUCUCUCCAGGCUGUUGUCCACCCUGUCCACUCAUUGUUGAAGCCAAUCGCAGUUGUGUCGUCUUCAUCAAUAAUGCUGUGUCACUUCAUGCUAGACGCCUGUCCAGCCUGACUUCCACCACCGUGCUCGUAUGAAUCCUUUCAUAACUCUGACACGUAUGACAAAUUUUAUCAUGCAUGUGCGAGAACUUCCCUCGCCUCCUGAGUCCACGUGAGAUGGUUUUACCUUUUAAAUCGCCAAUUUGGAGACCUCGCUGAGAAAGAGAGGAGAAUGAAAUAUGUUGUUGCUUUGCUGAGCAGUCACACACUCCCUCCUCCAUCCUCGCCUCUUGUACACUCACAGAUGUUGAGUUGUGUUUUGCUGUAAAUCCUCCCAUCAGGACCAGUGACGUGUCUCCACCCAGCUGGACGAAUGUCCUGUCUGCUGCCCUCGUUUCUUCCCUCCUCCUCCUCCUCUCGGUUAUUAUUUCAGGCUGGUCACUUCAGCUCUGCACUGAGUUUCCUCUGAGCUCACAGCGGACUCGGACCUCCUCCUCCAUCAUCGUCUCUCUCAUUGUCUGCUGUACCUCCUCCUCCAUCGCCCUCCUGGCUCCGGCUGGGCUUCAGAUGCUACACCUGUCCACCAUGCGGGCUCUGAUGGACAGCAGCUGGAUGAAGUUUGGACCGGCCGGCCGGGACUCUUUGGACUGGUCGCCCGGACCCUCGGCUCUGCCAUCCACUGACAGACUGACACCAGUGAGUUUAUUCAUUUUAUGGAUUGUUAAUCAUUUAAUCUGUGAAAUGUGGGAGAAUCGUUUCAUUAUGAACUAAAAUAUCACUGCCAACACUGAAGAGGUGUCUGAGGAUUAUCCGGUAACAGUAUGGGCUCGCACACGAACCUGGAUCAGCAAAAUGAUGUGGCAUUUAGAUUAUAUAAGAAGGUCAAACGCCAGAAAAAGUCCUGAUCUGAUUUGUUGGAUGUUGGUAAUCAUGGCGAUGCAGAAUUAACAUCUUUAAUCUUUCAUUUUUAACUUUAAAGCCAGAGUACAUGUUGCUUUUCUCCUUUAUAUUUUCAUGAUUAAAUGUUGAUUCAUUUGAGGACAAAUGGAAAAGAUGUUUACAAACUUGAUGCAUUUUAUGUACUUAAAGAUUAUUAAAUUAAAAUCUAAGACUGCUUCGUGGAACAUAAAACAUUUGAAGUUGUAAAAUAUUUAGCCCAUUGACUCCUAUGUUAAAUGUUUUAUUCAGCGUGUGUGUGUCGACACUAACCAUCAGAUUAAUUCAUGUAAAGAGGCCAACAGAGGUUUGUAGCUGACUGCGCCCUCUGUUGACCAGUUUCAGUAUCUCACUCACCUCACUCACAACAACCAGGCGGUUUAUCUCAGUUUAAAGUCAAACAUGAAAAUCUGUGUGCGCCUUAAAAUGAUUGAUAUGCUGAUAUCAUGCAAAUAUGGAGUGAUCCUUCAAAGGCAGCGGCACCUCGAGUGUUUCAAAGCUCUUUUAUAUCCAAAGCUAGUCAGUCUGUGGAGUGUUGUUUGCAAAGGCAGCACCAUCCUCGGAGCGGUUAGGGGUCUCAUGCCUCCUCAAGGCCACCUUGGCAGUGCCUAGGAGGUCAGCUCCAGCUACCAGUCCACACUUCACAUCAUAGUCCACACAGGACUGGAACUGGCCACCCUCUGGUUCCCAAGCCAAGUCCUUGAGGACUAAGCUAACACACUGUAACCUCUUUAGGUCGUGGGGGUUGAAGGCAAUCCCAGCUGACUUUGGGCAAAAGGUGGGGUACAACCUGGACAAGUUCAUCACAGGGCACAUACUGUAGAGACAAACAGCCAUUCACACUUACGGCCAAUUAGCCUAAGCUGGAGAACCCAUACAGACAUGCCCUAUAUCAGAUAGGACUGGCUCCAGCUCCCCUGAGAAAUGUCCACUCUUCAUGGAGACUGAAUGUUCUCCUUGUGUUUGCAUGGGUUUCCUCCAGGUGCUUGACCUGACUGAGGCUGGAGAUGGUUCCCGAUACAUAGGAUGGGCUGUUGUGAGACUGUUGUGUCUGAUUGUUACAAUAAACUUAAUCUAUUCUCAGAAUAUCUAAUCUAAUCUCUGUGUGACUGACUCACAGGACCAGAGCUCAGGUGAAGCCAUCAUCAGUGCACGGACCAUCAUCUACAUCGUCAUAGCAACUGUCUCCUUCCUCCUCAUCUUCUUCAGUGCCCUUGGCUUCCUGGUGUGGCGCCGCAGGCGUGCCUUCACCCUCAAUGGCAAGCUGGGAUUGGCCAACGUGAUCGCACUGGAGGACCUGCAGGACCCGGAGAGGAACUGUGAGCUGCUGUCCUCUCUCCAGCGCACUGUCAGUCGGAGGGAGAACAAGGUGCCUGCCUCGAGCUCCGAGCAGGACGUGACAGACGGUGUGUUCCUCAUGGUCUACCUGCCCUCGCCGUAUGAACACACACUCACCAGGAUUGCCAGAGCUGCCAGCACAAGCUCCAGCUGCAAGGACGUGGAGCUUCUGCCGAGUCCUGGACCAGAGACAGGCAGCAUGGGUGAAGAAGAAGGGAUGAGGAUGAAUGACGAGACGAUCAUAGAGGAAGAUAUCAAGGACUGAAUCAACACAGAGUUAAAAAAAGAAAAGACUGCCAUCAUCCAACCCACUGCUGCACCAAGACCUCUUUGUAGAUCUGUAUAGAUAUUUGGAUGUGGGUUGGUUGACUGUGAUCCAGAAGCUCGCAUCCAUCCAUUCAUCCAUUUUUUUGUUGUGGCAGCAGGUUUAGCAGGCGGUUCCAAACCUUCUUUCUAGCAACCCAUUCCAGCUCCUUCUGGGGGACCCCGAGGCAUUCCCAGGCUAGAUGGGCUACGUGGUCCCUCCAGCAGGUUCUGCCUCGGGGUCUCCUCCAAAUCAUAACACCUCCAAAGAAAGGUGCCCAGGGGGAUCCUAAUCAAAUGCCCAAGCCACCUCAGCUGGCUCUUUUUGACUUGAAGGAACCGCUGCUCCACUCACUCCUCAGCUCCUCACCCUAUCUCUAAGGCCGAGUCCAGACGCCCUGUGGAAGUAAUUCAGCUGCUUGUAUCCGCAAUUUCAUUCUUCCGGUCACUACCCAAAUCUCAUGACCACAGGUGAGGACUGGAGGUCCCGCUGAACCACAACGGUCCAGUACAACAUCCACAGUACUGCAGACACUGCACCAAUCCAUCUUGUGCUCCAUUUCCCAAUCCCAAAGGGAGUAAUACACUAUUUUACGGCCGAGAACCACGACUUCAGACGUGGGAUGCUGAUUUGCAUUCUGGCUGAGGCUCCUAUUGGAUGUGAUUCUUCUUGAAGACUCAGGACUUCUAUUGAGAACGAUGGUCUUUUACAGGAAUCAAACAGUCCACCAAGACCCCUGUGUCUACCCGCCGUCCUGCAGCAGUAAAAUGACAGAGGAAAGUGCAGAACUGUUUUUAAUGCAUCUUUUUAUAGUGUACAUAAUUUGUUGUUGUUUUGUUUGCACCUUGGAUUGUAAAAUCUGGAUUGAAGUCAGUUUUUUACUCUUACAUAUGUGUAUUUUAUCUGUAGACGAAUGGACCCUUUACAGUUGUAUUUCCCCAGUUUUGACCUUAAACCAACGUGAGCAUUAACAGUUUUACAGUCCUUGCUGGAAACAGGCACAUUUGAUUUUUGUAUACUGAUAUUCAGUUUCAUAUGUUGUUUGACCUCUGGAUACAAUGACAAUAAAGUGGAGACCCUUUGGACUUUCUUACGUCUUUCAUACUUUUUACACAAUCACGUGUUCAGAGCUGGAGUGGUCAGCCAACAUCAGACAACGUUAUUGUACUUUAUGUUUAUGUAGCGUUGACAGAACGUUCCAAAAUAAACAUAUCAUCCGUUUGAAGUGAACUAAAGCUCCCUGACAUUUGAACAGUUCAUUACGAGUCCGUAAAACACAUCCGUCUACAAAGACGAGAUAAAGGACGUCACGUGUCGACAGUCUGAGUGUUGAAGAUAAACUGUGCUUCUGUACAAACUUUAUGUUUUGAUUCAACAACUUUCGACCAACAUUAUUUUAAUGUUAGACCAGCGUUAUUUAAGUGUUAGACGAGGGUGAGUAGGAAUGAGGCGAACCUUUGAACCGAUGAAGAUUUCUCACUGAAAUAAAAGAUGCUUGGUGGAUCAGAUACACGGCAGACUAAACACCAACUCUGACUCAACUGGACUGUUGAGUCUGCUUACAUUGCUUGCUUGCCCAGCUCCAGUUCUGGCACGACCCUAUCUCUGCUCCCCGUCAGCAUUCCCCUGUGCUCUGGGCCUGUAAACUUCAACUUCUUCUUCUUCUUCUUCCCGGUGGUCCAAAACAUCUGUGGUACUAACACAGAUUGAGAGUUAAGGCGGAGCAGCCGGAUAAUGCUCUGCUGCGCUGAUAAUCCUUUGUCAGGUUGUAUCUAUAUUUAGAUGUGAUGAAUAAAUAAAAAAGUAUAAAAAUAAAUACGAACAUCAUUUGGUUCAUAAUGAUGUAAUGGUUGCUUUGGAUGGUCUGAGCAAUACACCCACAUGACAAAACUACAAAAGAAAUGGCAUCACUGUGAUGUAACAACCUGCCCCUCCUCCCUGAUUUUCUGGGGAAACCUAUCUCCUUCCUGCAGCGUGAGGCCCCACCCCCACUCAUCACUGGGGGUUGUCAGUCUGGUUGACCGAUUGCCAAAAGCUAUACUGCAGGCAGCUUGGCUGCUUUUUGCACAGUCAGACAGUCAGCAUGGCUCUCAACAUCCCGGGACUGGUGGUCACCAUCAUCUUCUACAUGCUGGUGCUCGGGAUCGGCAUCUGGGCCUCCAUCAAGUCCAAACGGGAUGAAACCAGGAGGCAGGCAAACCAUGCAGACAUGGCCCUGCUGGGGAACAGACAGAUCAGUUUAGUGGUGGGCAUCUUCACCACAACCGGUGGUCUUUUCUUUGCUGAGCCGAUGAGAGACAGGAAGUACGUGACCAUGAUGGACCCAUUCCAGAUCAAGUAUGGAGACAGACUGACUGGACUUCUGUCUUUGGCACCGCUGCUGUCAGAAAUUAUUUGGGUGACGUCGACACUUAUAAGCCUGGGUGUAACCAUGAGUGUGAUCCUGGAUCUGUCCUACGCCGUGUGCAUCUGGAUUUCUGCCGCUGUGGCCAUCAUCUACACCCUGCUGGGAGGUCUCUACUCUGUGGCCUACACAGACAUCAUACAACUCAGUCUCAUUUUCAUCACCUCGUGGUUGUGUGUUCCUUUCAUCUUCAUGAAUCCGUCCUCUGUUGACAUCACCACCACAUCGUUCAACCACACCUUCCAGGCGCCGUGGGUUGGCACUCUGACUGCAGACAGAGCCUGCAGGUGGCUCGAUAUCUUUUUGCUACUGAGUAUAGGAGACCUCGGUUUCCAGGACUUCCACCAGAGGACACUGUCCGCCUCUUCCUCUGCCACAGCCAAGUUGCGAUGUUACGCUGCAGCGUUUCUCAUCCCCAUAUUUGGGAUUCCUCCUGUGCUCAUUGGGGCAGUGGCUGCAUCAACGGACUGGAACCUGACCUCGUACGGUUCACCGCCUCCAUUUGAACGAGGUCAGACGGGUCUGAUAUUACCCCUCUCCCUGCAGCACCUAACCCCACCCUACAUCGCCGUCAUCGGCAUCGGAGCUGUGGCUGCCGCCGUGAUGUCAUCAACUGACUCCGCCCUGCUGUCUGCAGCCUCCAUCUUCUCCUCAAAUAUCUACAAGAAGAUCCUGAGGACCAAGGCGUCAGAAAACGAGAUCCGGUGGGUAAUCCGUGUCGCUGUGGUUUUUUUCGGCCUGGCCGGUACGUCACUCACCUUCCUUCACACGGGUGUUAUGGCUUUCUGGGUCCUGGGUGGAGAAAUCGCCUACAUUUUGAUGUUCCCGCAGCUGGUCUGCGUGCUCUUUUUCAACAUCUCCAAUGGUUACGGCGCCAUGGUGGGCUUCCUGGUGGGGCUUGCUUUGAGACUUUUGUGUGGAGAGCCUUUGUUAGGGUUACCACCUGCCAUCCAAUUCCCAGGAUGCACCCUCGAGGACGGCGUUUACGUUCAGUAUUCCCCUAUCAGGACUAUUUGUAUGCUGGCUUCUUUUGCCACGAUAUUGCUGGUCUCCUACCUGACUUCUCUACUCUUCAACAAAGGACUGAUACCUGAGAAGUGGGAUGUGUUUCAAGUUAAAGUCCAGCAACCACCACAAACACAAUUACCAACAGGCUGUGCCAGCAGCAACCAAAACCACAACUCACAACCUCCAUGUGAGAAUGGCGGAGCCUCAGAUCCAAUGUUGGAGUCAACUUGUUGAAAUUCACAUGAUGAUAACAUGAUGCAACAAUGGACCACUCAUUUCUCUGAACGAACUGGAGGAAGCCAAAGAUGAAUUUUGUGUAGAAUGAUCAAAGAAAAAGAACAAAAACCUUUCUCAGCAUCUUAUUUUAAUUAAAGGUCAGUUCUAAUGAGUACUGGAGAUGAAGGCUAUGCACAGUCUUUCUUUUGUCCAGUUGUCAUGAAAUGUAAUUUUUAUUCUACAGUACCUAAUACAUGAUCAGCAAAGUCAUUAGGAUAGAUCCUCUGGGAACCAUCAACAUCUUUAUCAAAUGUUGUGCCAAGCCAUCACGUAGACGUUGAGACGGUAGGUACAUCUGUGCUGCCCAAUGGGCUCCCCCAGCGUUGCUGUUGUUUAAUCUGGAGAUCACUAAUCGUCCGGUCUUGGGGUUUGGUUUAGAUAUUUACCUUUCUUUAGUUUAGGAGGCCAUCUCUCUAUCUUCUGUUCUUUUUGACGGAGAUCCCUAACCCCCAAACACCUUUCUUCAAAAUAAAGUAAAAUGAAGGUUUUCUCUUGUUAAGUGGUGUUUGCGUCCUUUAGAUGUUUCAGUCUCCAGUGUAGCCAUUGUUUGUUACAGAGGCUGUAACAGAGGAAAGGUUGUUGGAUCAGGAAAGUGGGUUCAUCCUCGGUAAUCCAUCGCACAGUUUUCAUAAUAUGGACUAAAGUGGAGGACUAACUGAUAGUGAGACUCUAGGCUAGAGACAUUUUUCGCUUUAAGUUCUAAAGUGUAAAGUAAGUAACACCUCAGGACAUGACCUCAGCGUUCAUCAACCUCCUUCCUUUGGUGUGAUGCAAGUUAGUUUGACAACUGUAUAUAUUGUGUAAAAAUCGGAUCCAGUUUCACCCAGACAUAGAUGACUGUAGCAGCCUCUCAGUAACAGGAAGCACUGUUUGAACUUUGAACUUUAGUCAGUCUGUGAUGUACAGCACAGGUGAGGACACCUAAGGAAGUUUAACCCUCGUGUUUUCUUCCAAUUUACUAUGCACCUUUUGUCCUCCGUCUGUUUUGACUGCUUAUAAAGCAUGAGAUUGUCUGUAGAUUUUGAGGUGAAAAAGUUCAGUGUA